CUCUUUUCAAACACGAGAGGAAGAAUGUAGGGUCCCUCGCAAGGAACCAACAACGGGGGCAAGGAGUCUUUUCCUACAAAGAACGCUCGAUAAACGGGCUGACACCAAGUACGAGAAAUAGGAAAAAUGGAGUACGCAGACCACGAGUACACCAGCAGCACUUGCGAUAUGCAUACGCCCGUGGAUUUCACAUAUAAAAUGAGCAAAAAAGAAAUCGAAGACUUUGUAAAGCUGAGGGUUUCAAAUACCUACCUCUUCUCUGGAAAGAGAAAUACUUCUAUGUGGGCAUGGAGGACCAUUUUGAAACAUAUGGGCUUACACCGUAAGAUGACCCAUCAUCAAGCGUCUAAAAAAUGGGAAAACCUGAAGAAGAGAUACAAGGAGCUAAAGCAUCCCCCAGAAGGGGUGGAAGUGUUUCCUGAUGUAUGGCCUUAUUUCUCCUUGAUGGACAAUGCAAUGGCGGGUCGGCUGGAGGGCAGCGCCCCCAUUCUCAAGGCCUUCCCCCACAACAAAGACAAUGGGGAGUUCUUGAUCAAACCCAAAAAGAAGAAGUUAGCCGCAAUGGUGAAGUCUUCUAUUGUGGCUGCUCCAACUGAGAUUGAAUUUCCACUUAAUGGGAUUGAGGAUGGGGAGGUGGUGGCGGAACAGGAGGGACCUCAGGAUAUAGACUGCAUCUUACAAGAGGUGGAGGAUGAGAGGAGGACGACGUGCAGUGAGCAACAGGUGGCAGAAAGGGAGAAAGAAGUGAUGGAACGGGAGCGUCUGGUGCUGCAGAGGGAGAGAGCAGUGCUGGACAGGGAGAUCGCAGUUUUGGAUCGAGACCGAGCCGUGCUGGAGAGGGAGAGGGCGGCGCUGGACAGAGAAAAGGCAGUAAUGGAGAGGGAGAGGGCGAUGGUGGAGAGGGACAGGGAUGCUUUGCGCAGGGACCGGCUGGCUCUGGAGCGAGAGAAAGCUACACUGGUGAGCCUUUCCGAAGAAAAAGAAGGGUCUGAGGAAGAGGUUACAGAAGAAAGCAGCAGCAACAGCAACAGCAGCAAUGUGAAAGAAUCAGGCGAUAUGGACAGGAAACAGAGGCUAAUUCAUUUGUUUGAGAAGCUUAUUGAGAAUUUUUGAGAAAAUCUCAGCUCUAAAAUCCUUGCAUAAACUGGCUUUAUCUGCAAAAAUUCCCCCCUUUUUUGGCACAUUUCUGAGCAGUUCCCAGUUCUCAUUUGCCCUCAUAAAAUUAAAGAUCCACAUUAAUAAUUCAUCUACUAGUUAUCAAUAAAAACGUUGAGCCACUCCUAGUUUGGAGAGGUCUUCAAAAUGACUUUAUUCACUUGUGGUUAUUCCAUACAGAGCACACAAUAGCAACCUGUUAGCAUUUUUCUUUACCCCAUCCACAAUCAAAAU